AUGGGACGAAAGAAGCUCACCAUGAGGCGGAUCGAAAACCCCACCUCCCGACAACUCACUUACACAAAGCGCAAGGAGGGCAUCAUCAAGAAGGCCGGCGAGCUUGCAGUGCUGUGUGACACUGAUGUCGCCCUCAUCAUGUUUGCACCCUCCGGCCGCCUUGCUAGCUUUGCUAGCAACGGAAGAAUUGAGGAUAUACUACUUCGAUUUGUUGACAGGCCAGAUGAGCUUAGAGGAGGGCCUAUCAAUCAUGAAGAGUUUUUGUCUCAAAAAUUGAAACAAUUGAAGUAUGAAGGUGAAAUGCUGGAGAAGAUAGCAGUUAUUGAGGAACUUGAAGAGAAACUGGACAAACUCACCAGGAAACAACGUGAGUCUCAAGAAAAAAUGAGAUAUUACGAGCCUAACGUUGAAAAAAUCAAUUCAGCUCUUGAAGCAGGAGUUUACCAGCAGUUUCUUACAACUGCUAUUCAGCGUAUCCAGACAUCCAAGGCCAAACUGCUAGGCAAUCAACUUGGUCACGAAAGGACUGAAAAUGUUGAGGUGCAGGCAGCAACGAUGCAAAUGGAUGAUGCAGUUUCAUUAACUGGCCACUCUGCUGAGGGAAACCAUGCCCGGAUGAGGUCAAAUAUGGAUGAAAAUCAGAGUGGAUCAAGCUCAGCUGCAGGGCCUCAUCUUAGCCUAGGCUUCAUUGAAUCACAGAAGAUGUGGAAUAAGACAUGGAAUAUAUGA